CACAGAGACGAGUGACGUAAUAAAGAAAUAGAGUCAAAGACCCUUCUUUCUUUUGCUAUAUAUAAUUUUGGAACCAAUUUUUAUUUUUUCAAAUAAUUUCCCUAAAUCCGAAACCCCGAAAAUCACUUUCUCUUUCAAUUCAAAGAUGGCUCGGUUUGGAAUAAAACGGGACGUUGCGAGAUCGAUAAUGUUGAAUUUCAUUAACUUUGGUUUGGCUUUCAUAUUAGUUUCAGCUGAGAGAAGCUUGAAGAAUGGAGAAUCGAGCGAGGAAUCGAAAACGAAUGAUAAUUAUUUUGUCAAAGCUAUUCAUUUCUUAUGGAAACCUGAUCAAUCAGGUUAUCACCAUGUUUGGCCUGAAAUGGAAUUUAAUUGGCAAUCUGUGCUGGGAACUUCUAUUGGAUUUUGUGGGGCAGCGUUUGGGAGUGUAGGAGGCGUAGGUGGAGGUGGCAUAUUUGUUCCCAUGCUUAGCCUUAUUGUUGGGUUUGAUCCAAAGUCUGCAACAGCUAUUUCAAAAUGUAUGAUCAUGGGUGCAGCAGCUUCAACUGUUUACUACAACCUUAAGCUAAGGCACCCCACACUUGAUAUGCCUAUCAUUGAUUAUGAUUUGGCUCUUCUUAUCCAGCCAAUGCUCAUGCUUGGAAUUAGCAUAGGAGUUGCAUUUAAUGUGAUCUUUGCGGACUGGAUGGUCACAGUUUUACUUAUUAUUCUCUUUGUAGGAACAUCAACUAAGGCAUUCUUCAAGGGUGUCGAAACAUGGAAAAAGGAAACCAUACUGAAGCAGGAGGCAGCCAGGCGCUUGGAAUCAAAUGGUACAAGUAGUGAAAAUGUGGAUUACAGGCCUCUACCCAGUGGCCCAAACACUGUUCCUCCGAAGGAUAACACAGGCCAAAAAGUCACUGUUUUGGACAACGUUUGCUGGAAAGAACUUGGGCUUCUUUGUUUUGUUUGGUUUGCAUUCCUUGUACUGCAGAUUUCCAAGAACCAUACAACUACUUGUUCUGUAGGGUAUUGGGUGUUGAACUUGUUGCAGAUCCCAGUUUCAGUCGCAGUAUCUGCAUAUGAGGCGGUUAGUCUAUACAAAGGAAAUAGAGCAAUUGCAUCCAAGGGUGAACAAGGCUCAAAUUUUCAAGCGCAUCAGCUUGUUAGUUACUGUUUUUUCGGAGUACUAGCCGGGAUUGUUGGUGGUCUACUUGGCCUGGGUGGAGGAUUUAUCAUGGGUCCACUAUUCUUGGAGUUAGGUAUCCCCCCUCAGGUCUCAAGUGCCACAGCAACCUUUGCCAUGACUUUCUCUUCAUCUAUGUCAGUCGUAGAGUAUUACCUUCUGAAACGUUUUCCAGUACCUUAUGCUCUCUACUUCACUGCUGUGGCUACUUUUGCUGCCUUUGUUGGACAACAUGUCGUGAGAAGGCUGAUAAUUGUAUUUGGACGGGCAUCUUUGAUUAUCUUCAUUCUAGCAUUCACCAUAUUCGUUAGCGCAGUAUCACUAGGUGGCGUUGGCAUAUCAAACAUGAUUGACAAGAUUCAUCAUAAUGAAUAUAUGGGAUUCGAGAACCUCUGCAAGUAUGAAAGCUAGCACUUUAGGCUUUCUUCUUCUGUUUUUUUCUAAUAUUACCCUAGUGUUUUUCCCUCAAAGGCAAACAAUAAAAUUGCCCUUGUAUUUGUUUCAUUCUUUGGGUUGUAGGCAAGAAAGAUACCAAUGAUUUCGAUAGUUUUAGCCAUAGCUCUUUUUUUUUAGGCUAAAUGGGGUAACUUGAGUCUCGAACUUUAGCAAUUCCCGAAAGUAUUAAUGAGUACUCAACCAACUUACAUUUGCCAAUUGUUUUUUCACUUUCCAUGUUGUAAUUUUGUAUUAUUGGAAGUUCCUGGUUCUUUGUCCUUGUUGGUGUCAAAAGACCUACAUAUUCAAGACAACCUUUUUGUAAUACCCUGAAAAUUUUUAUAGUAAGAUAUUAUCCUUAAUAUAGUAAAAUAAGGAAAUAAAGUGACAAAAAGGAAAA